AUGAGUAGAGACGCUGCUUCCCUAAACCUGCUCACGACCAUCUCAUGCAGAUGCACAACUGGCUGUAUGGGAGCGUGUGACUGUAGAAAGGCGGGCCUACAUUGUUCCGCACUCUGCAAAUUCUGUGCUGACCAAGAAUGCAAUAACAGGGAUGAAGUCAUCGUCGACAACGAAGACGAUGCCGAUCUAGUAACUAAUUCACAAUUUGAUGAAAAUAAAGACACAGACUUGAAUAACUCACCCCCUACGAAACGAGCGAAGCGCAUGUGA